AUGGGAAACACAGUCCCAGAGCUACAGACGUUUUAUGACACAUCAGUCAAUAGGGAAGCUAAAGAGUCAUGUUACUAUGCAUCCUCUACGAAAUCGGUCACCCCAAUCUUUCAGAAUGCCCAAGGUAUCAGCCAAAGAUGGCUGCUAAGUGAGGUGCUGCAAGGUGAAAGACGAGAAGGGGUAAAUGCCUCUGUCACCACCGAUGUACAGGCUGUAUUUAAAGGAAAGACAUACAACCAGCUUCAGGUGAUUUUUCAAGGAAUCGAAAGCAAGAUUAGAAAAGGAGGACCGAACCUGGAUAUUGGGUAUUGGGAGAGUCUCCUGCAGCAGCUUAGGGCUUACAUGGCCAGAGCUAGGCUUCGAGAGAGACACCAGGACGUCUUGCGUCAGAAACUCUUCAAACUGAAGCAAGAGCAGGGUGUGGAAAGCGAGCCUCUCUUCCCCAUUAUAAAACAGAACAUUCCUAACGGAUAA